CUUGUCCCCUGGCCCCAUGACUCCAAGGAGGUCUGGGAGAAACCCUAGCGGGAUGGACCCGGGGCGGUGCAGCUGACACCCCCGGCGGCGCCGCGCGGCCCCUCUCCACCCGCGAGUGUGCGCGCGAGCGCCAGGCGGCGGCGGGAGGAGGCGCAGGCGCGCUGCUCGCCCGUCUGCAGCCCCGCGCCGAGCGCCUCGUCUCGGGGAGUUGAUGGCAGCACCACAGUGCGGCCGCCGGCCGAGCGCACAGCGCAGCCACCCGCCGCUGUCCUCCGAGCAGCCGAUAUGUGGGGGGACUGGGGUGGGAGCGGCCGGAGCAGCGCCAGGGACCCGGGCGCGCAGCAGCCUCUGCUCGCUCGCCUGUCCUGACCUGGCUCGCUAGUCCCCCCCGAAGAAUGUCAGCCAAGUCCAAAGGGAACCCCUCCUCGUCCUCUGCAGCCGAGGGACCUCCGGCAGCCUCCAAAACCAAGGUGAAGGAGCAGAUCAAGAUCAUAGUGGAGGAUCUGGAAUUAGUCUUGGGUGACCUGAAGGACGUGGCCAAAGAACUUAAGGAGGUGGUUGACCAGAUUGAUACCUUGACUUCUGACCUACAGCUGGAGGAUGAGAUGACUGACAGCUCCAAAACAGACACUCUCAACAGUAGUUCCAGCGGUACAACAGCUUCCAGCAUAGAGAAGAUCAAAGUGCAGGCCAACGCCCCACUCAUUAAACCUCCGGCGCACCCAUCUGCUAUCCUCACAGUUCUGAGAAAGCCGAACCCUCCACCACCUCCUCCAAGGUUGACACCAGUGAGGUGUGAAGAACCUCAAAGAGUGGUGCCAGCUGUCAAUCCUGUAAAGACCAACGGUACCCUUCUACGGAAUGGAGGUUUACCGGGUAGACCCAACAAAAUUCCAAAUGGAGACAUCUGCUGCAUACCCGGUAGUAACUUGGACAAGGCUCCAGUGCAGACUCUGAUGCACAGACCUGAAAAGGACAGGAGUCCGCAAGCAGGGCCUCGGGAACGAGUACGGUUCAAUGAAAAAGUACAAUACCAUGGCUAUUGUCCUGACUGUGAGACCCGGUAUAACUUAAAGAAUAGGGAGGUCCAUUUGCACAGUGAACCCGUGCAUCCGCCAGGAAAGCUCCCUCACCAAGGUCCUCCCUUCCCUCCUCCACCUCAUCCCCCCACUUUCCCAUUAGAAAAUGGGGGACUGGGAAUAAGCCACAGUAACAGCUUCCCCCCUCCCACCCCUGCAGCCGUGCCUCCUCCCACUGCACCAAAACCACAGAAGACCAUCUUGAGAAAAUCCACCACUACCACAGUGUGAUGUCUGCCAUUUAAGAAAACUUUUUGUUUGUUUUUAAUUUUCUAUAUGAUAAACAUAAAAUGAUAAGUAAUGAGCACUUUCUACUCGAGCAAUAAAAAGCCCAAAUAUAUUAAUCUGCAUUCAACAAGUGGCAUAAAAAUCACCUGGUAAGUAUGCAGAGUGAUGCUUCUAUAUUGGAUGCACAUUGUCUUACAUGUUCCAUCAUCAGAAACUGCCGAGUAAUGAAAAGUAUGAAUGCAUUUAAUGCUUUGCAAUAGACCUAUGGCAAACUGUGACCUUCAGAUUCCAAGUAUUUUGAUUUAUUUUAAGAGAUGGGCUAUGAAAUAUUUUGAUUUGUUGAAACAGCCAGGGCAAUUCAUCUCAUUCAUGCCUAACUCAUCUAUGCAUUGAUGAUGUCAUAAUCCUCCCUUUGAUCUAAUGGUUUUUAAUAAGAAUUUUAAUACUGAAGGACUAUUUUAUUAUUUUUCUACAGAUGUUUGUCAAUAAUUUUGCAUCAUGAAAUGCUGAGGACAAUACCAAAAAGUUUAUUUUCUAUACUAUACAAUUAUGAAUCAUGUGUUCAAAUAUAUGUGUAAUAAAAUAUUUUGAGCUUUGGAA